GAGCAGUUUAAGUAGACACCGCUUGCGAUUCGGACGUUUAAAUCAUUGGUUGCGGUUGUGAGAAUCGGAUGAAAACCGAGUGAAAUAAAUAAACCGGUUGUGUUCACAUUUCCACUUCUGUGGAUUCAAAAGAAAUUUUAAACAGAAAACAGCGAAUUACCAAAGAAAGGACUAUUAAUUAUUUGAUUUAAUAUUUUUAUAAAUUAAAGUAUAUAACUUUAAUAGUGAAUAUUAUUUAAACUUAACGAUUAUAAAAGACUCAACGAAAUAAAGUAUUAGAGCAAUAUGCCACCAAACGCAGUACCCAACUCACAAUCUAUAACAGAUUCCUUGGCUGCAACUGUAGCCGCAAAUGGAAACCCAAAGAAUUUACACGAAUCGUCGACUGGCGUUCUUUUCGAAUAUGACGCCGAAACUAUUGAUGGUGGUUUGGUCAAAGACAUUGAAAAGUUAAAAAAAGCAGAAAAACGAAAACUGAAGUUAGUUUGGCGAAAUAUAAUUGCCUUUGGGUAUCUACAUCUCGCAGCUUUGUACGGAGCUUGGUUGUUAAUCACGUCAGCCAAAUGGCAAACUAUUGGUUUUGGUAAGCGAAAAAUUAACUACAAUUUUGUUUUCUAGUUGUACGCUUAAAAU